AAAAAUGCUUAAAAGUAUUUUUACAGACAAAAAACAUUUUCAUUCUUCUUAUCCUGAUUUCAUUUCAAGGAGACACACGUGUGGUGUGUCGUGUGGGUUUUUUGCUUCUCCUAACUAUUAUUUGUCUGGAGAUAUUCAAGGAAAUAUUGUUGCAUGGGAUAUUAUCGACAGAGAUAUAGUUUUACAAAUAAAAAAUCAAAAUCAAUUGCUGAAAGGUUCUAAAAAUUCCGUUGUUUCCGUUUGUUCUACUCAUGCAUAUAAACCGCAGUGCUUAGAAGAAAUUAUUGUGUGCGUUUUUUUAAAUGUUUCAUAUGUUUGCAGCACAUCUAUAUUAAAAAAAAUUCCAAUGUCAUGUUUUAGGCAAAGAUUUCAUGGUCAAAUUGAAUUAUGGAAUUUGACUAAAUCAAUAAAGUCUUCUUGUAUUCAUUUAAAUACAUCACACUUUACACGCUUUUGUUAUUUGGAACAUGACUUACAUGGUUCUGCGACAGAAACGUCAUGUUUAUACUUAACAACAUCUGCAACUCACGACUCUGCGUACCUUUACGACUUAAAGCGUACACGUUCAUGUCAUCCUUUAAUCAAAUUACCUGCUUUAGUACCUGAGAAAAUACCUGGUUUCACCCAAACCUCUUCAGUAAAAUCUUCCGGUUGGGUAGCGGGAAUUCAUUGUGUUUCUAUGCUGGGACCUUCGUAUGUUUUACUCGUCUAUGAAGGUUUCGCUUUACAAGCACUUUUUGAUUUAAGACAACCUAAAGGUCCAGUGACAUCUCCGGUAUGCUUUCCUCAAGAUGUUCAAACAACAAUUUCGAGUUCCGUAACUCGAAAUCAAUGUUGGAUUGGAACAGCAGAAGGAAAUAUUAUAACAACUGAAAUCGAAUCAACAGGACAGUUAUGUGCAAAGGAAAAAAUUAACGUUUAUGAGCCUGUUUCUUCAUUGAUUAAUGACCAUUUAGAGUAUAAAAAAGAGCUUAAAGAGAGCAUGCAAAGUCAAUGCAAAUUUGGUAUCAGUGAUAUAGUUUUUACGCCAGAUACUACAAUUGGUUUAGCUGGUGGUUGGGAUGGUCAAUGGAGGUGUUUUGAUGUAGCUACACGAGACAUUUUGAGUACUACACCAUACCAUAGUCAACCAAUUUCUUGUAUAAAUCUGGAGAAAGAAAAUGGAGUUCUUGCUAUUGCAAGUCAUGUACGCAGCAUUUGUGGUUUGGUACACUUUGAAAUAAUUUGUGAUUUGUAUAAAUUUUGCCAGGAUUCCCGUAUUUCUUUUUGGAAAACUGCUUGGAGGGCGAUAGCUGUCGAACAGUAACUUUUUUCUCCUCUUUUCUAUGAAUUUUACGUUUCAUACAAAACGAGAGGCCAGCACCUACAGAACAUUGGGUUUUUCUUCCCUUCUUUGUUUGCAUUUUGCGUUUCACAUACAACGGGAGGCCGGUAGCUGCAGAAGAGUAAAUGAAUUGAUUUAAUAUUUGACACCCUUUUUUUUUAAUAUUUUAUACAAGCACACUGUUUUGGCUUAUGCUACAUCAACUUAUGUUGACAAGACGGUUUAAAAAAUAAAAAAAACUUUGUAAAUUCUCAUGACAAAUUAUUUUGAAAUUAUUUAAAAUAAUA